GAAAACAUGCAACGCUGUGCCUCUUACGAGAAUAAUGGGAAAAAUUGAAAUUGAGUUUAAAAGAAAAAGAUCGCAUUAUGUCGCUUGUGCCAUUAUUUGCUGAGUUGACUUAUAAUCCCAACAGCGGAAUUGAACAAUUAUUAUUGAAAGAUAAUUCAGAUGUGGAUGUCCAUCCAAUUAACGCUUUGCGCCGUGGUCGCCGUCACAGAGUGCGUUAUACACCUUACAAGCCAUCAUUAAGGAAUGCUCGCGUUAAAGAUGAGAAAAAUUCUUCCAACAUUCCAGCCAUCCAGAUGUUUAUGGAUAUGCCUGAAUUUAAAUUCAAUGAAUUGAGUGUAAAAGUAGUCGAUCAAACUUUCGCCAUAGGCGGGAAGCAUAAGGAACGCGGGGACGAUCACGACUUCAUUCAAAAGCAAGUUGCCCAAGGGUUAUAAGCCCAAAGAUGUCAUUCCCAUUAUAUCGCUUGAUGGAACACUUAUAAUUAAGGCGCCACCACCACCACCACCUAAGAUAACAAAAAUCGCUAAUGAACACCUUAUAGGGAUU